GCCGGGGCUGCGAGGCGCUGUGAGGGGAGAGCCGCCGCCAGCGCCGCCCGGGGACCCGUUAGAGCGGAAGCGCAGCCGCCGCCUCUGCCGUCGCGGGGUUCCCGGCAGGUGAAGCGGGAACCAUGUCGAAGCGGCUCCGGAGCAGCGACGUGUGCGCCGACUGCAGCGGGCCUGAUCCUUCCUGGGCGUCUGUGAACAGGGGGACGUUCCUAUGUGACGAGUGCUGCAGUGUUCAUCGGAGCCUAGGGCGCCACAUCUCCCAAGUGAGGCACCUCAGACACACGCCAUGGCCUCCCACCCUGCUCCAGAUGGUUGAGACCUUGUACAACAACGGCGCUAACUCUAUAUGGGAACACUCUCUGCUGGACCCUGCUUCUGUCACGAGUGGGAGACGGAAAGCCAGUCCACAGGACAAAGUCCACCCCAAUAAAGCAGAAUUCAUCAGAGCCAAGUAUCAGAUGUUAGCAUUUGUCCACCGAUUGCCCUGCCGUGAGGACGACAGCGUGACUGCCAAAGAUCUCAGUAAGCAACUCCAUUCAAGUGUGAGAACGGGGAAUCUUGAGACCUGUCUGAGGCUGCUGUCGUUAGGAGCCCAAGCCAACUUCUUCCAUCCUGAAAAAGGAAGCACGCCACUCCACGUCGCCUCCAAAGCCGGACAGAUCUUACAGGCUGAGUUACUGGCCGUGUACGGUGCUGACCCAGGCACACAAGACUCCAGUGGGAAGACUCCUGUUGACUAUGCAAGGCAAGGAGGGCACCAUGAGCUGGCAGAGCGCCUCGUAGAGAUACAGUACGAGCUGACAGACAGACUGGCCUUCUACCUCUGCGGCCGGAAACCAGAUCAUAAAAACGGACAGCACUUUAUAAUCCCUCAGAUGGCAGACAGCAGCCUGGAUUUGUCUGAGUUGGCAAAAGCUGCCAAGAAGAAACUUCAAUCUCUGAGUAACCACUUGUUUGAAGAACUUGCCAUGGAUGUGUACGAUGAGGUUGACAGGCGAGAGACGGAUGCAGUCUGGCUUGCCACGCAAAACCACAGCACCUUGGUAACCGAGACGACUGUCGUUCCCUUUCUUCCGGUCAACCCUGAGUACUCUUCAACACGAAACCAGGGCAGACAGAAAUUAGCUCGGUUUAAUGCCCACGAAUUUGCUACGCUGGUCAUCGACAUCCUCAGUGAUGCCAAGAGGAGACAGCAGGGCAGUCCUCUCUCCAGGUCAAAAGACAAUGUGGAACUCAUAUUGAGAACAGUCAGUAACCAGCACAGCACUGAGAGCCAAGACAACGACCAGCCAGACUAUGACAGCGUGGCCUCAGAUGAAGACACAGACGUGGAGACCAGAACAAGCAAGGCAAACCGGCAGAAGAGCCUAGAUUCAGAUUUGUCAGAUGGACCAGUCACUGUGCAGGAAUUUAUGGAGGUCAAAAGCGCCCUAGUGGCUUCUGAGGCCAAGAGACAGCAGCUAACGAAGGUGAAUAACAACUUGAGUGACGAGCUGAGAAUUAUGCAGAAAAAGCUUCAGACUCUACAGACUGAGAACUCCAGCCUCAGAAGACAAGCCACAGCCAGCACCUGUCCGGUGCAGACUGGCUCUGACCACAAAGACACUGUGAGCCACGCCUCCCUAAAGCGCCGGCCAUCUGCCCGGGGCAGUAGACCCAUGUCCAUGUAUGAGACUGGAUCAGGCCAGAAACCAUACCUCCCAAUGGGAGAAGCCAACCACCCUGAAGAAAGCCGGACGAGGCUUCAACCCUUCCCCACUCAUAUUGGGAGGAGUGCACUUGUGACCUCCUCUUCGUCUCUGCCUUCCUUCCCCUCCACACUUUCCUGGUCCAGGGACGAAAGCACCCGAAGGGCCUCCAGGCUGGAGAAACAGAACAGCACCCCGGAGAGCGAUUACGACAACACUGCCUAUGACCCUGAGCCAGACGACACGGCGUCAAACCGGAAGGGACGGCAGCGGAGUACGCUCUGGCAAGGUGAUGGCUCAUUGCCGGACACAGCAGAGCCCCGCCUGGUCCCCAGCCCCGCCCUCCCCAGCACAGAGGAUGUCAUCCGGAAGACUGAACAGAUCACCAAAAACAUCCAGGAGCUCCUAAGAGCAGCCCAGGAGAACAAGCAUGACAGCUAUACUCCCUGCUCAGAGCGGAUACAUGUCGCUGUGACCGAGAUGGCAGCCCUGUUCCCCAAAAAACCCAAGUCUGACACAGUGAGGACUUCCCUCCGCUUACUCACGUCCAGUGCCUACCGGCUCCAGUCGGAGUGCAGAAAGGCUUCCCCAGGAGACUCGGGCUUGCCCACAGAUGUGCAGCUGGUCACCCAGCAGGUCAUCCAAUGUGCCUAUGACAUCGCCAAGGCCGCCAAACAGCUGGUCACAAUCACCACCAAAGAGAACACCAGCUGAGUGGCGCUGUCCACCUGUUGUCUGGAAAGUCAGCUGUGGUGUAGACAUGAACUCUUCAGGUUUUUACAGAACGUUUAAUGAUGCUUUCAAACUUUUUAAAAGAAAACUCAGUAUUAUUUUUGCAUGUUUUCUAACAGAUUUUUGACUGUAAUUUAACCCUUGCCUCAUUUGUUCCUGUUUGCAACUUAGUUCUGUCCCGUCGGAUCGUCACCAAGUGCUUAGGUCACAGCCCCGUGUGUCUAAAAGGAAUGGUUCAGAGUUUGUUACAACUCUCCCAUCAUAUAAAGUGUAGCCAUGCCUAAAACUAUACUUGAUAUUUUUAGUAAAACAUUUUCUUAAGGGAUAAGAAAGUCAAGUUUUAAAAAAAAUCAGCAGCAUCUGUUCCUCACAAGCAUCGUGCAAUAAGUCAGCGUUCCAUCCUGAGUUUGGGGCGUCUCCAGGUCUGCGUGGAGCACAGGGCCUCGCCACUUCCUGGAGAAAGCACAUCUCUUGGGAGUGACAAGGAGCUGACCCGUCUCUAACUUUUGUAUCAUGUUAAGUGUUGUCUUAUUUAAUAUUUUUAUCUUGAUUUUCUAUCUAUAAAGAUUUUGCCAUCAUGCUGAAGUCUCCAUAAUGUCCAAAAAAGUAGUUACGAGUCCACCCUUUACGUCAGGUUCCAGUCGGCCACAUUCAGAGCAGGGGCACCCAUUGUCGGGAGCCUACCUUCCCCUCCAAGCCAGACAGCUCACUGAGAACCUAAGGCAGAGAGCCGCGGGUCAGCCUCAGGCCUGCUGGCAUCCUCCGCUUGUCUCCUCUGGAAGGAUGUCUUCCCAGGUAAGACAUGCGGGGCCUCAGUUUACCCAUCCCCUCACGGGUAUAUCACAACUAGAAAUCCUAUGGCACUGCAGGAAGAGUUCCCUGUGAGCCCUAGCUGGUGGCUGGUGGCUGGUGGCCACUCUCCCAAAGCUCCACAAGGGCAGAAAUUGACACCCAGGCCACGGCAGCACUGGCAUUUGCUGUGCUGAAGGCACCUUGUUGUUCUGACUAUUAGAGCCUGGGCCGUUUCAGUUACUGCAGCUCUUCUGUCCCGGUGGAGCUCAGGCCCUGACCUGAGGGAGCAGGCAGAGGCCAUGAUGCCAGCCAGCUGCACAGCUGAGAGCAGCUGGGGACUUCCCCAGCCUGUGAGGACAGCAGCUUCUCCCACUCAUGCCCCUCAUGCUGAUGUGGAACAUAGACCUAUGACUGCCAGCACUUUGGCUUUUUAAGGUACCAAAAAUUUGGGUUGUUUUUUGACAUUUUUCUAAUUAGAAAUGUGGCCAGUCAAUCCAGACAUGAGUUGUAGCGUCUCGCUGCCUCUCACAGCCUCUACCAGGGUCUGUAACCUGCACAUGAGUGCACCUGUGAGCCAGCCCUGGAUGAGCCAGCCCUGGAAGGCAUCCAUCAGUCUCCCAUAGAACGACCGGAGCGAGGUGACCUCACUGUGCUGAGCCUGACUCAUAAAUCCCCAUCUCAGCAUGACCAAAUUGUCCCGGAAACAGCAUCACCACAAAGUCAGGCCCACAGCACAGCUCACCCACACUAUGUGGCACGGGAAGGGGUCAGCACUCCAGAGCCCUGCCCACCCAUCGAUACUACAACCCUAAAUGCCACUUGGCUGUGGGAUGUCAAGGGGGCCUUUAGAAAGGGGCUUGCCAGUCUGAGCUCGGGCAUCGUCUCUGACAAGCUUUUCUGUGCUUCAAGGACUACCGCUCUUCCUGGCGGGCUCCCUGGAGCUGGUUCCAAUCCUGAGCUAGUUCCCACCAUCCCCAGGGAGAACAGGCCUCUGUUAGAGGUAGAGCAGUGUCUUCCCGUUAAAACGCAAAGACCUGCCACAGAGAACACUGCCCAUGGGAAAUCAAGGAGCAUGGGGUCAGUACAUACAGCGUUUGCAGAUGCUCUCAAGAACACCAGAGUUCAGUCAGUCCCAUGUUCUUCUCAGGCUGAAGCUCCCAAGUAGAGGCCUGAGGAGACAGCAGGAGGGCCCCACAGCCCACAGACCUGGGUUAGAAUAGACUGCUCCUAUAGGCAAAUGCAUUUUGUCUCAACGCUUACCCUGGCCGUCUUUUGCAUGUGGGUCCCAUCGCCUCGCAGGAGUGAGCUCUGCAUCCCAUCAGGCUGCUCUGUCCCCUCUCUGGGAUUCUGCCUUCCCACCUGUGUACCCUGCUUUCUAAGAGAGGAUGAAAAUACAAUUAAUGGAACAGGCCCUGCCCCGAGCUCCAUUCUCAGAAGCCACUGUGGCCUCAGCACCAUGGUUCUUACUUGCCAAAGACUAAGUCCAGUGUUGUGUACAGUCGGGACUCUGAUUGCACAGUGUGGGGGCUCUACCCUGCCUGCAGUGACCUCCGUCGCAGAACCCUGCCUGAAAGUAGCAUGUUUUCAUCCUCCGCGGCUUCCGUGGGCUCGCAGUCCAGUUUCCUUCCCUUCCGUGUCCCAGUUUGAUAUAACCCACACUCUUACAACGUGCCGCAUAGAGAAAAGAAGACACAUUGCUUACCCGGUGUUAACUUCUCGCUCAUCCUCCUGUGGUAGCUUCUCAGUCAGCAUCCUGGUUCUGAAGCUACUAUCCUCUCCUGUAAAAUCCUUCUGGAAUCUGUGCCCACCAGCUUUGCAAUAAAUCGUCUCUUUAA